ACCGUCGAGCCCCCGGCCCCGCGCCGUCUCACCUUGAUGGUGUCCAGCGGGUGCCCCACGAACACCAGGCAGACACCCCCGAAGCCGCCGGCGAAGAAGUUCUUCAGGGGGCUGAUGGGCUGCGGCUGCUCCGCCAUGGCGGCGGUGGGCGAGGACACGGGACCGGGAAACAGAGCUCAGAUGAAAUCAAAAGAACGAUAAAGUUUGGAGGAAAAAAAAGAAGCUGCGGUCGCUUUCCUGGUCUGCAGUUUGGCAGGGCAUUAAGAUGUCCGUGGACAUGAACAGCCAGGGCUCUGACAGCAAUGAAGAGGAUUAUGACCCUAAUUGCGAGGAGGAGGAAGAGGAUGAGGAUCCUGGGGAUAUUGAGGAUUAUUAUGAUGGGGUAGCUAACGACGUGGAGCAGCAGGGAGCAGAUGCCUUUGAUCCAGAGGAAUAUCAGUUCACCUGCUUGACUUACAAGGAGUCGGAGAGCACUCUGAAUGAACACAUGGCCAGCUUGGCUGCCACGUUAAAGGUAUCACAUGCUGUUGCAAAGCUAGUAUUAGUUAGUUUCCACUGGCAAAUCUCAGAGAUUUUGGAAAGGCACAAGUCUAAUGCUGCCCAGUUGCUAGUAGAAGCACGAGUUCAGCCCACCUCAUCCAAACAUGCAAUGGUACAUUCCUCCCACCACUGCGCGGUGUGCAUGCAGUUUGUCCGGAAGGAGAACUUGCUCUCUCUGGCUUGUCAGCACCAGUUCUGUCGCAGCUGCUGGGAGCAGCACUGUACAGUGCUCGUCAAGGAUGGUGUUGGAGUCGGGGUCUCCUGCAUGGCUCAGGACUGCCUGCUUCGGACACCAGAAGACUUUGUGUUCCCAUUGCUGCCUAGUGAAGAGCUGAAAGACAAAUACAGGCGCUACCUCUUCAGGGACUAUGUGGAGAGCCAUUACCAGCUGCAGCUGUGUCCUGGUGCAGAUUGCCCUAUGGUCAUACAGGUACAAGAGCCAAAAGCCCGGCGAGUGCAGUGCAAUCGCUGCAAUGAGGUCUUCUGCUUUAAGUGUCGGCAGAUGUACCACGCGCCCACGGACUGCGCUACCAUUCGGAAAUGGCUCACCAAGUGUGCAGAUGACUCUGAAACAGCCAACUACAUCAGUGCUCACACUAAAGAUUGUCCCAAGUGCAAUAUCUGUAUUGAAAAGAAUGGAGGCUGCAAUCACAUGCAAUGUUCCAAAUGCAAGCAUGACUUCUGCUGGAUGUGUCUGGGAGACUGGAAGACUCAUGGCAGCGAGUACUACGAAUGCAGUCGGUACAAAGAGAAUCCUGAUAUUGUAAACCAGAGUCAGCAAGCACAGGCCAGGGAGGCCCUUAAGAAGUACUUGUUCUAUUUUGAGAGGUGGGAGAAUCACAAUAAAAGCCUACAGCUGGAGGCACAGACAUACCAACGAAUCCAGGAGAAAAUCCAAGAAAGAGUUAUGAACAACUUGGGGACAUGGAUAGACUGGCAAUACCUACAAAAUGCUGCAAAACUACUUGCAAAGUGUCGUUACACCCUGCAGUACACAUAUCCAUAUGCCUACUACAUGGAGUCUGGUCCCAGAAAGAAGCUGUUUGAAUACCAGCAGGCCCAGCUGGAAGCUGAAAUUGAAAAUCUCUCAUGGAAGGUGGAGCGAGCAGACAGCUAUGACAGAGGGGACUUAGAGAAUCAGAUGCACAUAGCAGAGCAGAGACGGAGGACCCUGCUGAAAGACUUCCACGACACAUAAGACAGGAGGAAGUGACGAAGUGCAGGGGUGAGAGCAGCAAGUGAAGUGAUGGCAGCUUCACUGGGAUAAGCAGGCACUGCCUCUGGGAGAACACGGCCAAGGACAAAGCCACCCCUCCCCUUGCAAGUCAGACACAUGCAAACACCACAUCUUAGUCCAGUUUGUUCUCUUAUCUUUCUGUUUCUGUUUCUGCCAGGCUAGAGGCCAGAGCUCAGAUUGGCAUAUUUCCUGGGCCAUUUCCCUCCUGCCUUUGAUGGUUUCAGAAGGGGAGGGAGUUUUUCUCUGAAUGGCUGUUAAUAGUAUUAGAUCGUUACAGUUUAUGUAAUUUUCAACGGUUGUACAAUUAUACAGACAAACCUUAGAAUAACACACAACCCUUUUUAAAAAUAAAUUGGCAGUGGAGUGUUUUUCCUUAAUCUGCUUGUAAAUUUAAUGGGCUUUUCCCCCUCUCCCUCUCCCUCCCUCUGACCCAAAAAUCCUCCUAGGCACUGAAGGAGGUUACAAAAUAUCUCAGCUAGAUUUCCCGAUGCUCCUUUAACCAGGGCAUUGUAGCAUUGGCAUUGCAUGAGGAGAGUGGCUGGUGUUAAGGGUGGCUGCUGCUGUGUCUGGCCUGACAGUACCAGCAGUGGCUGUAUUCAGUAUGAUUACAUGUGACAUCUCUUGUCUUGUAAAUCAGCUGUGCAAAAUCCAGCUACACAAACAGAAGCAAACAGAGGAAUUUCAAGGGACAGACCAGGUUAACACUGGGAGAUAUGCCUUGAGUUUAAGAGAAAUUGAGAGAAAUCGGAUUCUGCAUUUGAUGGAUUUUAGGUCUUCCAUGUAGAUUUUUGCUUUACUUGUUUUUGUGGAGAGGAUGUUGUAUUGCCAAAGCGAAUGAUGAGGGACUAGUAGCAUACAGUUGUUAAUCAAGGCUUGGGGCUUUUGCAGAGUGAAAGAAUCCAUGUUAUAACAGUGCCAUGCAGCCUGGUAAAGAUUAUUUGUGCCUCCUGGGUAGCAUGGCUGAGAAGAUUUGAUUUUGUUCAUUAAAAUGAGACUGAAUACCACUACAUUAUGAGGAGGAAAGAUUAUGUACAACACACUCCCUGGCAUGUGUUGGCAAUGUGGACAGGCACUUGAAUUCAGGUGCAUUACUUGUGCAGAGCCUGCACAAAGCCAGGCAGAAAAUUAACUAGCAAAAUUAAUUUAUUUGUAUAUUAGUAUUGAUGCUGGUGGGGACUUAUCAGAAAAUUGAUUGUUAGGAGCAUGUGGAGCUUUUUUUAUUAACAUUCUUUUUUCUAAUGUAAAAUAUACACUAAAAUAAAAAUAUGAAAACCUAGUUCAUCUUAGUAGGGGUUAACAUGAAAAAGAUUGCUUAAAUGCUGAUCCUUGCCUGUCUGCUACAGGAAGCAGGCCACAUGUUAGGAUUUCACAGGCAUGUGUGUCACCUGCACCGGAGCUUGUUGUUUGCAGCCAAAAAGGUGCAGCCGGAGUCUGAUCUGAGGAAAUGUUCACCUCUGUGGGGGACUCACUUCCAUGCUGUAUGUGGAAGUGUUGCCUUUGAUCUAUCCCCGUAUUGUUCUUAUGCAGUGUGACUUGAUAAAGAUUAAAGUGGAGGGG